AUGUGUUCUAUCGAUUUGGUCCAUCCAGGUAUAUCGCAACACAUAGAAUAUAAUUAUCCGAGUGCCCCGUUUUAUCAUGUAAAAGUUGAUCUAACGAGGCUUCGCAUAAAUAACUGGUUCAGUCAUCUUCAAUACAGAGGAGCGAAAAUUGCAAAACCUAAAGACCUGAUCAAAUUUUGGAAAAUAAAACCUGGUGACAAGGUUGUUGUUAUAAGUGGUAAAGACAAGGGGAAAGUGGAAGAAGUGUUAAUGUGUGAUAAACUACGGAACCAGGUAAAGGUAAAAGGCUGUAAUAUGAGAAAACUAUUUGUUGACUCACAACUUGUACAAAUUGAGAAAAAGAUUCACUAUUCUAACGUACAACUCAUUGAUCCCAUGCUAAACUGUGGUACAAAGGUAACAAUUCGCUAUGGUUCAGACAAUAAACCUUUGCGUGUUUCUAAAAAGUCCGGAUGUGUAAUUCCCUGGCCUGAGAAGAAAUCGGUAGAUAGGGGAGAUUUAAUCGAGGGUGAGAAGGAUACAAAACCAGAAAUUGCGCUCCAACGUACAUACGAUUACAAAAAGGUAUCUCAUACGACAAUAUCAACCAAAAAAUCAGGAUGUGGAAUCAAUGCGACUACUACGCCAAACGAUGAAAAAGUAUAA